AACGUUGCAUUCACACUAUUUUUAACCAUAAUAAUAAAUAACAAAAACAACCACCACCAAUAUCAAUCAUUCAUAUUUGCUAUAUAGAUUCUCAUUACAUACACACCGAAACAUAUAUUCUUUUGAAUACUCAUCAUGAUCAUCAUCAUCACUCUCUAUAGCAAGAAUGUCAUUUCUCACUCACAUGAUAACUAUACCAAAGAAUUUGAAAGAUGUUCUCAUUUUUUUAUUUCGUUUCUUCAAAAAAAAAAAAAAAAAAUUCGAGUCAAACAAACAAACAAACAAAAAAUUAUUUUUUUUUAAACUUUGUUAUUGCACACAUCUUGUUGAUUUUUCUAUAUAUAAAUCAUCUAUAUGGUGAAAAACAAACAUGAUACUCUUGCCUUUUGUCUACACACACACACACACACACACACACACAGACAGUAUUUGAUUCCAAUUGAUGAUACCUCAAUUUGAUUUUUUUUUCCAAAUAUAACGACAACAAUGAUGAUGGUAAAUAAAAGAUUGCGCAUUGCAUCAUGGUCAAUGUAUUUAUAUAGUUUUUUUGCAUUGAUUUCUGCAAUAUCGAUGGGCAUGGUGAUUGGUUGGAGUUCAAUAGCAUUGAAUAGUAUGCAAAUGAAUUCGACCAGUGUGCCAAAACUUCGACCACAAGAAAAUCCAAUCGAUAGUUCAUAUAUGACAUGGAUUGGUAGUUCUAUUACAUUGGGUGCAUUAUUCGGCUGUCUAUUUGGUGGUAUUAUCAUCAAUCAUUUUGGACGAAGAAUCAUCUUAAUCAUUUUGGCUAUUCCAUUCACCAUAGGAUGGUUUAUAAUAAGCAUGGCACAAUCAUUUUUAACAAUAAUAUUUGGCCGUGUUAUUACCGGCGUUUGUGUGGGCAUCAUCUGCAGCACUGUACCUGGUUAUGUUGCCAAUAUCGUUAUACCGGAUAAACGUGGAUUUUUAGGAACAUGUUUUCAACUACUAUGUAGCUUAGGUGCAUUGUUUGCUGCUUAUUUUGGUACAAUAUUCUCAUGGAACGAAUUAUCAUUGAUUUCAAUCAUCCCGGUGAUUAUAUCAUCGAUUGGAAUGUAUUUUGCACCAGAAUCACCAAUCCAUUUGAUACAAUGUAAACAAUCAAAACAGGCAUUACAAUCAUUGGAACGACUUCGAACCAAAGAAAGUGAUAUUGUUAUUGAAUUAAUUGAAUUAGAAGAUAGAAUCCUAUUAAACAAUCAACAAUUACAAACUAAUAUGGAUGGAAAAUCAAGCCUUACAUCUUUUUUAAGACGACCAGAUGUUUACCAUCCUAUGGUCAUUGCGAUAAUGCUUCAAUUUUUUCAACAAUUUUCCGGUAUAAAUGCCAUCAUGUUCUAUCUGGUGUCCAUAUUCCAGGAUUCAGGUGUUAAUAUUGAUCCACAAUUAGCUUCGAUUAUUGUAAAUUUUGCAUUAUUCAUUUCAUGUCUAUUUUCCGGUAUAUUUAUGAAUUAUUUGGGUCAUCGAUUAUGGUUAUUUAUUUCCAGCAUUGGAAUGUCAAUGACAAUGUUGAUGAUGGCAUUAUAUUAUUAUUUUCAAUCAUCAAAUGAUCAAACAAGUUGUAUACCAUUAAUCUGUUUGAUCAUUUUUUCCAUUUCAUUUGCCUGUGGUUUUGGUCCAAUACCAUGGAUGAUUAUUGGUGAGAUAACACCGAUUGAAGCUAUGGGAAUGGUUGGAUCAUUUUCGGCCACUACAAAUUGGUUAUGUGCAUUUAUUAUUACAAAAGAAUUUGAUGAUUUUAUACAUUUUUUAGGCAAACAAGGUGUUUAUCUUUUAUUUGCUUGUUGUAGUUUUUUAUCCAUAAUAUUUGUAUGGAUAUUUGUACCGGAAACGCAAAAACGUAAUGAAUUGAAUUAAUU